AGCCGCCCCACCACCAGUGCCGAGACACCUCUCCCUCUCUCUCUUCAUUCUCACACUCCACCCACUUUUUGCUUGCUUUCUCCAUCUCUGCCACCGUCUCUCUCUCUUUCUGGACUUGUCUUUAUUUGGCACUCCCGGAAGCUGCUGGGCAUUUCUCUCCCUGCCUGGCCGGGCAGCUGAUGUGACUGACACCGGCUCCAGCUGAGAAGAAGGAGGAGAAGCAGGAGGAGGAGAAGGAGGAGGAGGAGAAGGAGGAGGGAGAGCAGCGGCGAGGCGAGGGAGGGGGGAGCGAUUGACCGGCCACGGAUUUUCAUUGCAGAGAGGAGGGGAAGGAAAAAAAAAAGCCUACACGGGUCAUCAAAACAGAAUGGCAGAGACUCAUGGUUUGAUGGAGAGACUGGAGAAAGCAGUGACUCGACUUGAAUCAUUAUUUUCAGACUCACAUGGAUCUGGUGGAAUGGAGUGUGAUGCCAUUAAUGGAGUCAAUGGAAGCCUAGCACCAUAUGUUGAAGCCUUUGAUAGGCUGCUGAAUGGAAGUGUUGCCGAUUUUCUCAGGUACAGCAAGAUUCUUGAAGGUGAUGUGAAGACACAUGCAGAGAUGGUACGUGCAGCUUUCCAAGCGCAGAGAUCUUUCCUGGUGUUAGCAUCCCAAUGUCAAGAGCCUCAAGAGAACGAGGUGGCAAUGCUUCUCAAGCCAAUAUCAGAGAAGAUUCAGGAAAUCCAGAACUUCAGAGAAAGGAACAGAGGGAGUAAAAUGUUCAACCACCUCUCAGCCGUCAGUGAAAGCAUACCUGCCCUUGGGUGGAUAGCAGUGUCUCCUAAACCAGGCCCUUAUGUCAAGGAGAUGAAUGAUGCUGCUACCUUUUAUACUAACAGGGUAUUAAAGGACUACAAGCACAGUGACACACGCCAUGUUGAUUGGGUGAAGUCAUAUCUGAACAUCUGGUCUGAGCUUCAAGCUUAUAUCAAAGAGCAUCAUACCACAGGUCUCACCUGGAGUAAAACUGGUCCUGUAGCAUCAUCCAUGUCUAUGCGGUCUGUUCUAACAAGCAGCUCGUGCCUCUCCCCACCACCACCACCACCACCGCCACCACCUGGACCUCCCCCCAUCUUCGAUACAGAAACUGUAAAGGAUGAAGGAACUACAUCUCGUUCCGCCCUAUUUGCACAGCUUAACCAGGGAGAGGCAAUUACCAAAGGGCUUCGGCAUGUUUCUGAUGACCAGAAGACUCACAAGAACCCCAGCCUACGUGCCCAAGGUCCAUCUGUUCGUUCUCCAACAAAAAGCCAUACUCCAAGUCCCACCUCUCCUAAGAAUUCCGUACAGCAGAGCCAUGCCCCUGUCUUGGAGCUAGAGGGAAAGAAGUGGAGAGUGGAAUAUCAAGAGGAUAAGAAUGACCUGGUCAUUACCAACACUGAACUCAAGCAAGUGGCCUACAUUUUUAAGUGUAACAAAUCUACACUUCAGAUAAAAGGAAAAAUCAAUUCAAUUACUAUUGACAACUGUAAAAAGUUUGGCCUUGUGUUUGACAACGUUGUGGGAAUCGUGGAAGUGAUCAACUCCAGGGAUAUUCAGAUUCAGGUGAUGGGGAAAGUGCCAACCAUUUCUAUUAACAAAACAGAGGGCUGCCACAUCUACCUCAGUGAGGAAUCAUUAGAUUGUGAGAUUGUGAGUGCCAAGUCAUCUGAAAUGAACAUCCUCAUCCCCCAAGAUGGUGAUUAUAAAGAAUUUCCGGUUCCUGAACAGUUCAAGACAGCAUGGGAUGGAUCUAAGUUGGUCACUGAACCUGCAGAGAUUGUGGGUUAACUUUGCAAUGCCAUACAGCACUUGCUGACCGUGACCAGACCACAGCCAGCAUGAACAAAGCAGUAAUGUAAAGAACUAGAAAUUAGCAGUAGCUCAUACUGCUGUGAUAGGCCUUCAAGCGUUAGCUCUGCAUGCUAGAAACAAUAACACAUCUGGCACCCUUUUGUUAGGCAUCCCAGUACUCUUCACGUUUCCACAGUUUGCAUACAUUUUUAAUUCUCCAUGAUUUCAUGUGAAUGUAAUAGACUAAAACCCCCACCCUCCAGUCAUAUCAUUGGUUUGAAACACUGUAUGCAUUAAGCCAAAAUACUGCAUGAUACACUUUGUUAUCAUCUUGCUUCAGUGCAUUCCUUUUCAUGUUUCUGCUAAUCAAAAACAUCAUGAAGACUUUAAGAUGUUUAUUUUUACCUAUGAAGCAAUUUCUGUAUGAUGCAGUAAAAAUGCACCCCUAGAAAGUACGCAGUUCCUUGUAGUUCUGUGGCAAUCAUAAUGGGGUUUGUUUUAAACAAGCAAAAAAAGGACAACUUUCAGCAAUACAUUUUGCUAAUGGAAGAUGAAAGAAAAUCUGGUAUUUUAAUCAAACACUUUUCUAAUACAGAUAUUUAGAAGAUCCCUAUGUGAAGUAAGAUUAUUAUGGUCCACACAAACUUGCUGUUGCCUUCUCAUUUCUUGCAAAUUAGUAAUUCUUUUUAACCUAAAACCUCAUUUAAGCUAAAACCUCGUUUAAGCUAAAACCUCAUUUAAGCUAAAACUUUGCAGCAAAUCUCUUGAAUAUUUUUUGCUCCUUGGAUUUCUUUUUUAAUUUUUUUUUUGUGAGACAGUCUCUCAUUCUUUAAAAUUUCACACUGUAUCUUGCAUCCUAUUCAGAAGCCUGAGGGAGGCGUCUAUGUCAGGUACCAGCUAGUUUCCUUAUUAACAACAUUGCUUUCAAAUACUGCUCUUGUAGCUCAUAUUCAUUUAAAAUAUCUUCCUGUUUAUUCCUGUCUUUUGUAGGACUUUCUCCAUUUCAAAUAUGCCCACAAAGCAAAGCCAUACAUUUAUGUUGUACUAAUUCUGAGCCCAAUUAAAGGGGUAAUUUCCUCGUUAGCCCUUUGAUGCUACUUUAUAGUCCCUAUUAGAGAUGCUUUUUUAACAAAGGUGAGUGUUGUAUACAUUUGUACUAUUUCAGCACAUAGUAUGAAUAAAAUUUUAACUAUUUUAAAAGUCAGCUUAUGUUUUUGAUCACUAGUAAUACUUUGUACCAGUGAGAUGCUUGCAGAGCUAGUUACAAGCUAAAUUUUGUGCCUAAUUUACCUUGAAAAGUACAUUAAUUCUUGAAGGGUUUUAAGUAUAUGUUUGAUUGUAAACCCUAUACAAUGCAACUAGUAGUGCUCAUUCCGUAAGGUUUUGCUAUCAUCUAAUGUUUAAUCUAUGUGUAUAAUGUGUUUGCUUUAAUACAUACCAUUUUUUCAACAGUAAACUUCUUAUAAAAUAAAAAGGAAAAUGUACUUGUUUAAAUACAAAGUUGUUCAGAGCUUG